GCAGUUAUAUCGUCGGGUUUUUACUUUCACUUUUGCUUUUGUGAUUCGCGAUUGCAUGAACUCCGUUUAUACUAUGGAGCAGCAGUACUUACCACACAGUUUACAAGAUCAGAUGCUUGUCAGUGGUGCUCAGGAUCUGUAAAUCAGUGAUCUAUAUUAACUAUUAGUGAUCCCAACUGUUACCUCACAAGUCGGUGUUAUGUUCUGAUUCGCCUAUUUUUCAGUGGUCUUUUUUACUCACGAGAUUUACAUAAGGAGGAGGAAACAAUGGUGUUUGAGGCUCACGGUGUGUCAUUUCCAUGUACAGAACUCUUAUUAUUCAACUAUGGCAAGGUAAAUACAGUUUUCCAUUGUAUGGCACAUUUAAUCUUGGCACUCAACAUACCCGGUUAAAAAAGUGACUGUUCGCCACUGCUUUUAGGGUAUAGUAUAAGUUGGUGAAUUAGGAUGCAGCACUUGUUUUCUAAUCAGGCACUAAAUAGAGAGUUACACAUGAAAGGUCCUUCAGCGCCUCUGAGCUCUCGAGCGACCUGAGGACGUCAUGCGAGUUGAAACUGAAACUUUUUCGACACUGGACUUUAAAAACUCUUAUAAAGACUCUCAUAUCAUGUGUUUCCAUAUACAGGGAUAAAGUCAGUCUUUGAAAUGAGGAAAAGUCUGAGAGCUCUGGAACCCAGCUGUGUAUCUCUGAAGAGCAAUCAAUCCAUAAAUCAUCCUCCUACAUUCAGUCAUGAACCAGUGACUUCUGACCCCAGAGAUGAUCAGACUGGAGCCCAGGAUUCUCCUAAACCAGUGGAUGAUGAACUACAGACAGUCAAAGACCAGCUCAAAACCAGCAUGAAGAACAAGUAUGAGAGAUUAUUUGAGGGAAUGAAACUCCAGGAGGAUGAAACCCUCCUGAACAGGAUCUAUACACAGCUCUACAUCAUAGAGGGAGAGAGCGAAGGAGUGAAUGAAGAGCAUGAGGUUUUACAGAUGGAGAAAACAGACAGAACACAAGACUCACAAGACACUCCAAUCUACUGCAAUGACAUCUUUAAAGCCUCACCAGAACCAGGAUGUGAGGAGAAAGACCAAAUCAAGACUGUUCUGACUAAAGGCAUUGCUGGAAUCGGAAAAACCGUCUCUGUGCAGAAGUUCAUUCUGGACUGGGCCGAGGGAAAAGCCAAUCAGGAUGUAGAUUUUAUGUUUUUGCUUCCAUUUCGAGAGCUGAACUUGAUCCGAGAUAAUCAGUACAGUCUUCACAGACUUUUGCUGGACAUUUAUCCUGAACUUCAAGAUCUGGACUCAAGGAUUUAUGAUCAGUGUAAAGUUGUGUUCAUCUUUGAUGGUCUGGAUGAAAGCAGAAUCACACUGAUGUUUUCAGACGCUCAGAAAGUUUGUGAUGUGACUAAGACUUCAUCAGUGGAUGUGUUGAUGUCAAACCUCAUGAAAGGAGAUCUGCUUCCCUCUGCUCUCAUCUGGAUCACCUCCAGACCAGCAGCAGCCAAUCAGAUCCCCUCCAAAUAUAUCAACCGUCUGACAGAAAUUCAGGGAUUCAAUGAGCCUCAGAAGGAGGAAUAUUUCAGGAAGAGAAUUAGUGACCAGCAUCAAGCCAGCAGAAUCAUCUCACACAUCAGAAGAGCAAGAAGCCUCCACAUAAUGUGCCACAUCCCUGUCUUCUGCUGGAUCUCAUCCACUGUGCUUCAGAAGCUCCUGGAAGAAGAUCUGAGUGCAGAAAUCCCUCAAACUCUGACUGAAAUGUACAUCCACUUCCUGCUGAUUCAGAUCAACACGAGGAACCAGAAGUAUGAAGAGAGAAAUCCAGAGAAACUCCAGUCCAACAGAGAAGUGAUUGUGAAACUUGCUGAAGUGGCUUUCAAACAGCUGAUGAAGGGCAAUGUGAUGUUCUAUGAGGAGGACCUGAUUGAGAGCGGCAUAGACAUCACUGACGCCUCAGUGUAUUCUGGGAUUUGCACUGAGAUCUUUAAGGAGGAAUCUGUGAUUCAUCAGAGGAAAGUCUACAGCUUCAUUCAUCUGAGCGUUCAGGAGUUUCUCGCUGCUUUCUAUGUGUUUUACUGCUAUUUAACAAAGAAUAUGGAGUCACUACAGUUCUUUCUGUAUGAAUUCAGAUUUUACAGGUUUGGAGACUCUCUGUAUGAUUUAUUGACAUCAGCAGUAGUUAAAACUCUCAAGAGUGAGAAUGGACAGCUGGAUCUGUUCCUGCGGUUCCUGCUUGGUGUCUCACUGGAGUCCAAUCAGAGACUCUUACAGGAUCUACUGACACACACAGAGAACAGCCCACAGAGCAUCAGGAGAACCACACAGUACAUUAAAGAGAAGAUCAAAGGUUUCCAUAAUCUCUCAUCUGAUCAAUCUAUCAAUCUGUUCCUCUGUCUGCUGGAGGUGAAAGAUCAGACUCUGUCCAGAGAGAUUCAGAAGUUUGUGAAAUCAGACAAACACUCAGAGAAGAAACUCUCUCCUGCUCACUGCUCAUCAAUUGCCUACAUGCUUCAGAUGUCAGAGGAGCCGCUGGAUGAGCUGAACCCCAUGAAAUACAACACAUCUUAUGAGGGUAGAAAAAGACUGAUACCAGCUGUAAUCAACUGCACAACAGCUCUUCUUGCUGGCUGUAAUCUCACUGGUCAGUGUUGUGAGAGUUUGUCAUCAGCUCUACGAUACUCAAACUGUGUCCUGACAGAGCUGGAUCUGAGUAACAAUGACUUGCAGGAUUCAGGAGUGAAGCUGCUCUCGGAUGGACUGAAGAAUUCAAACUGUCAGCUUCAGAUACUGAGACUGUCUAUCUGUAAUCUCACUCAUCAUUGCUGUGAGAGUUUGUCAUCAGCUCUUCAAUCCUCAAACUGUGUCAUGAGAGAGCUGGAUCUGAGUAACAAUGACCUGCAGGAUUCAGGAGUGAAGCUGCUCUCGGAUGGACUGAAGAAUACAAACUGUCAGCUGCAGAUACUGAGUCUUGCUGGCUGUAAUCUCACUGCUCAGUGUUGUGAGAGUUUGUCAUCAGUUCUUCAAUCCUCAAAGUGCAUUUUGAGAGAGCUGGAUCUGAGUAACAAUGACCUGCAGGAUUCAGGAGUGAAGCUGCUCUCGGAUGGACUGAAGAAUACAAACUGUCAGCAGCAGAUACUGAGGUUGUCUGGCUGUAUGGUGAAAGAGGAAGGCUGUGGUUAUUUGUCUUCAGCUCUGAGUUCAAACCCCUCACACCUGAGAGAGCUGGAUCUGAGCUAUAAUCACCCAGGACAAUCAGGAGUCCAGCUGCUCAACCACAAACUGAAGAAUCCAAACUACAAACUGCAGAUACUCAAUGUGGAUCAUGGAGGAGAGAUGAUGAUGACAGCAGGACUACGAAAAUAUGCCUGUGAUCUCACACUGGAUCCAAACACUGCACACACUCGUCUCAUGCUGUCUGAUGAGAACAGGGAGAUGAUUCAUGUGUUUGAGCAUCAGCUGUAUCCUGAUCAUCCAGAGCGAUUUAAUAAGGAGCUUCAGGUUCUGUGCAGAGAGAGUCUGACUGGACGUUGUUACUGGGAGGCUGAAUGGGAUGGACGUGCUGAAAUAUCAGUGUCAUACAAAGGAAUCAACAGGAAAGGAGUGAGCGACUGUGUGUUUGGAUACAAUGACAAAUCCUGGAGUCUGUACUACGAAAGUGACAGAUUCAUGGUCCGUCACAAUAAAAACUUCACUCACAUACCUGCCGUCCCUUCAUCCUCUAAGAGAGCAGGAGUGUAUGUGGAUGUGUCGGCUGGUACUCUGUCCUUCUACAGUGUCUCUGACACACACACACUCACACACUUGCACACAUUCAACACCACAUUCACUGAACCCCUCUAUGCUGGAUUUAGGGUUGAUUAUGAAUCUCCAGUGAACUCUUCAGUAUCUCUGUGUCAGAUUAAACAACAGAAACACACACAAUUGUAAAUCCUCUUUCUAAUGUCCACAUAGUUUUAAUAUUUAUAUUUUAAACUGAUGACUACAUUUAAUAAAGCCUCAAUUUCCCUCUUA